AUGUCGACCACAACAACUCAAACGCGUGUCCAAAAUGGAUCUUUCCACAGCGCUGUUUUGAGAGAUUACGAACUUCACCAUUCACAAAGUCGCGAGGAAACGCCAGAGCGUUCGCCUGUGUCAGUGGAUCAUCCAGAGUUUGACAUGCCGCAUCGGCGGGUACCUUCUUAUCGACCACUGAACCGCGAUCCGGAGCACAUCAAUGGUGUGAGAGUUUAUACUAGCACGCCUGAAUUGUUUUUCAUCACUGCCAUGUUUCGGGGAUUGAGCUUUAAUGCUGGCGCGGCGCAAACUUGGAGGGCUUCGGUUGGAAAGUUUACGGACAAAGUUUGGAAGUAUCCCAUCGGUGGAGAGUUUUAG